AACACCAACAAACUCGAUUAACUUGCUCAAAAUCCGACAGAAGUGGAGGGAUUCUGACACAGUGGGCGGUAGUUUGUAGUUUAUUAACUCAAAGUGUAGUCGUUCGUGCUGUCGUGCAGUAACUUUGAUUUAAAUGGUGGAGCAGUAAAGGCUGUCUGAGCGAGCGGCUUGUUUGGGAAUGACGGAGGUGUGUAACGAGGAGCGGGGCCCGGCGGAGAGAUGGAGCCUGCGCACCGGCGCUGUGAGUGUGGAGAUCCUCUCUCUGGGCUGCGGGAUCCAGUCCAUCAGGACACCAGAUCACAGCGGCCAAAGUGCGGAUAUAGUGUUAGGAUACGAUGAUGUAGAAGGUUAUCUCUCAAACCCUCGCUACUUUGGAGCUGUGGUAGGCCGGGUUGCAAACCGCAUUGCCAAGGGCCGGUUUGUGGUAGAUGAGAAAGAAUAUAAACUGGCUAUUAACAAUGGACCCAAUGCUCUGCAUGGAGGACUGAAGGGCUUUGACAAGGCCGUGUGGACCACAGAGGCGGUGGAUAAUGGAGUGAAGCUGAGUCACAGCAGUCCAGAUGGUGAUGAGGGUUAUCCUGGGAACCUAAACGCUUCUGUCACUUACAGACUGGAGAAGAACACACUGAGUGUACUGUACUCUGCACAGACUGACCGUACUACAACCAUCAACCUCACCAACCAUUCAUACUUCAACCUGGCUGGACAGGGGACACCAGACAUUUACGACCAUGAGGUGACCAUCUCAGCAGAGUCGUACCUGCCUGUGGAUGAUACGAUGAUCCCCACAGGGGAGGUGAAACCUGUGGAGAAGACCCUGUUUGACCUGAGAAAGCCUGUCCUCCUGGGCUCUAGACUGAAAGAGCUGCCUGGUCCAGGCUUUGAUCACAACUUCUGUCUGUGUUCACCUGGUGAUCCGCCACUGGAGCGAAAAUGUGCUCGAGUGGUGCAUCCUGGGACGGGUCGUGUUCUGGAGGUGAGCACUACACAGCCUGGGGUUCAGUUCUACACGUCCAACUUCCUGGAUGGGACAUUGAAAGGAAAGGGUGGAGCGGCUUACUCCAAACACAGUGCCUUCUGUUUAGAGACCCAAAACUGGCCAGAUGCUGUUAACCAGCCUCAUUUUCCUGAUGCUCUUCUGAGGCCAGGAGAGACGUACACACACACAACACGCUUCACAUUCUCAGUGCUCUGAAAUUACAUCAGCAUGUGAAGUUUACUUUUACAACAGUACACAACUGCACACUUUUCUAGCAGAAUGUUACAUGACCAACAUAUUGUACUGCUUCUAUGACCAUGAUAUUGUAUUUCUAGAAUUUGCUCAUGUUUUAGUAUGGGAUAUUUGUUCCCCCUACCAUAAAUCCUACACUAACACAAUUACUACUUAAAGUUAAAAGACAUUAAGGUUUGCUUGUAAUCAUAAAUGUUAAUGUCAUCUAAUAAAAACAAAGCCUGUACAAAAUAUUAUUUUUUUG